AUGCAUGUGGUUAAUGUGUUAUCCUUCCUGCUAAUUACCUCAUGCCUGUGUGAUGGGAGAAGAGCAAGAGGAAACAGAGCAGACGAUGAGUUUGGGUUGAACAUGAAGAUGCACUAUGAGCCUAAAUCCAUGUUCAGGAUGUAUACGGAUGGGAAGGAUAUAGAGGACUCCUGCACUGUGGAGCUCUUCCAAGCCCACACCCUGCAGUCCUGCAGCUUCAAUAGCAGCCACCCGCUGGUCAUCAUCAUCCACGGCUGGUCGACGGAUGGAAUGCUAGAAAGCUGGGUCACUCAUCUGGCCGCUGCACUUAUGAGCACACAGAAAGACAUCAAUAUUCUGGUCAGUGACUGGCUGACCUUGGCACAGCAACACUAUCCCAUUGCUGCUCAAAACACACGCCUGGUGGGUCAGGAGAUCGCCCGACUGCUCACGUGGCUUGAGGAUGUCACACAGUUUCCUGUUAGUAAGGUCCAUCUUAUCGGCUACAGUCUGGGUGCUCACGUAGCAGGAUUCGCUGGAAGGAACUUAGCUGCAUCAGGGAGGAUUCUGGGAAGAAUCACUGGCCUGGACCCUGCAGGCCCACUGUUUGAAAGCAUGUCCUCUACAGACAGACUCUCCCCAGAUGAUGCCAGGUUUGUGGAUGCCAUUCACACAUUUACUCAGCAGCACAUGGGGCUCAGUGUGGGCAUCAAACAACCCGUCGCCCACUAUGACUUUUACCCGAAUGGAGGAUCCUUUCAGCCCGGGUGCCACCUGCACGUUCAAAACCUGUAUGCACAUCUGUCUCAGUAUGGCCUUAUGGGCUUCAAGCAGACGGUGAAGUGUGCCCACGAGCGAGCUGUGCACCUUUUCAUUGACUCUCUGCUGAACAAAGACAAACAGAUCAUGGCCUACAAGUGCAGAGACAACACAGCAUUUAACAAGGGUGUCUGUCUGGACUGCCGUAAAAACCGUUGUAACACUCUCGGCUACGACAUCAAGAAGGUCCGCACAAGCACCAGCAAGAAGCUGUACCUCAAAACCCGCUCGCUUAUGCCAUACAAAUUGUACCACUUUCAGUUCAGGAUCCAGCUCUCUACACAGUACGAAAAGAUUGAUCCGUCUCUCACCAUCAAACUCACCGGCACUCAUGAAGAGAGCGAAACCCUCCCAAUCACCCUAGUAAAGGAACUCUCAGGCAAUAAGACUUACACUUUCCUGAUCACCCUGGACACCGACAUCGGAGAUCUGAUGAUGAUGCAUGUGGCCUGGGAGACAGAGCCACUGUGGACCAACAUGUGGAGUAAAGUGAAGGCCAUAAUGUCACUGGGGAGGAAGGAAGAUGCACCACAGAUCACCAUUGGCAGGAUUCGAGUCAAAGCAGGGGAGACACAGCAGAGAACCACAUUUUGUGCUCAGACAGAAGAUGGCGUGUUUAUCCAGCCCUCGGAGGAGAAGCUGUUUGUUCGCUGUGAUGAAAGGCAGGAAAUGUAG